AUGGCCUCACGCACACUCCGAAUAGGCCUCAUCCCAGGCGAUGGCAUCGGCCGCGAAGUCAUCCCCGCCGGCCGCCGCAUCCUCGAAGCCCUGCCCUCCUCGCACAACCUCAAAUUCACCUUCACCACACUGCCCGCCGGCUUCACCACCUUCCAACAAACCGGCGUUGCGCUCCCAGACAAGACCGUCGAGACCCUCGAGCACGAAUGCGACGCCGCGCUCUUCGGCGCCGUCAGCAGCCCCACCGUCGCAACAAAGGGCUACUCCAGCCCCAUCGUCGCCCUGCGCAAACGCAUGAAGCUGUACGCAAACGUGCGCCCGGUCAAGAGCACCCUCUCCGCCAAAACCCCCGUCGAUCUGGUCAUUGUGCGUGAAAACACAGAGGACCUGUACGUCAAGGAGGAGAAGACGUACACGGCGCCGGACGGAAGCAAGGUUGCCGAGGCGAUCAAGCGCAUCUCCCAGACUGCUAGUUGGAAUAUAGCUGCGAUGGCGGGCGAGAUUGCGCUGCGGCGCCAGCGGGUGCGGGAUGCGGGCACGGCGAGCAUGCAUGGUGCUCCGCUCGUGACGAUUACGCAUAAGAGUAAUGUGCUGAGCCAGACGGACGGGUUGUUCCGGGAGACGGCGCGGGCGGCGCUGGCGCAGGACCGGUUCCAGAUGGUGGGCGUGGAGGAGCAGAUAGUGGAUAGUAUGGUGUACAAGCUGUUUCGGCAGCCGGGGGCGUACGACGUGAUUGUUGCGCCGAAUCUGUACGGCGAUAUUCUGUCUGAUGGGGCGGCGGCGCUGGUGGGCAGUCUGGGCUUGGUGCCGAGUGCGAAUGUGGGCGAGGGGUUUGUGAUUGGGGAGCCGUGCCAUGGGAGUGCGCCGGAUAUUGAAGGGUUGGGGAUUGCGAAUCCGAUUGCCACUAUUCGGAGUGUUGGGUUGAUGCUGGAGUUUUUGGGCGAGGAGCGGGCGGCGGCGCGGAUUUAUGAGGCUGUGGAUGCGAAUUUGGAGGAUGGUGUGCUUUUGAGUCCUGAUAUGGGCGGGAAGGCCGGGACGGAGGAGAUUGUGGAGGAUAUUGUGAAGCGGUUGUGA